AUGAUCAACGAGAAGCUUCAACGCAUCCAAUCAGACCUGGCAAAGGCAAGGAAGAAACUGGGUCGACUUGCCGAAAUGGAAAGAGGCAACUGGGUGAAUCUGAACAAAGUGAAGAGGGCGUUGUACAAAGCAUCAUUCAUUUGGGCCAAGAAAAAAUAUGUCCAAGACCUGAUUGACAGGUGGCCAAACAACAUGGAUGUCAUCAAGGUACAGUCAAAUAAUGGCUGGCAACAGCAGAGACGUCGCCUUACCAGAGAAAUCGCGCACAUGACCCCAUAUCACACCCAAGUGGCUCAUCUGCUUGUGGAGAUCGCCAUGCGAAACCUGAAGGACACGGAUACCCUACGAACCUGCUGUCAAGUCGUCCGAGACGAAAUUACCGUUUUUCUAGAUCUCGAUCUGUUCGACGCCUUUACCGCCGAGACUGAAGACCAACUUGUCGAGCGCAUCGCACAGGCACACGAGGUCGGCCAUCUCAGGCUGGAGCUGCUUCUCCGUGAAGCCAACCGGCAACAGGCAGAGUUGACAAGGGUUGUUGUCGAGAGGGUCUUCACUGACGCUGUGCCCGAGUCGAGGAUUGUCGACGCUUUCCGGGCCAUCUUGGGUACGCUGGAAUGCACUCCUUACUUCGCUUCCAAUGCCACGACAUUGUUCUGCUUGUCCAAAUUUCGCCGUCCAGGAGAUCCUUGCUCCAGACUGCAACAAUCAAUGCGAGAGGUCCCUUGCUGA